UCAGCGCGUCGUGUUGCCAUGAAAAUACAGGGCUGUUAGUGUGGUGUCAAUGCAUGCAAUUGCAAUGAGGAAUGAUAAAUUGCUCAUGAAACAUUUAAAAUGAUGAAAAUGUGGUGAAAAGGACCAAUGUUUGUCAGUUCGUCUCUAUGCACUUGAUGUCAGAUUCUGACCAUGGAGCAGCAAGAAGUCCAGGUAGCACCUGAAUUGUAUGGCGGAAACCAAGUCAACAAUGAUAUUGAAUCAGAAUUCAAAGUCGAGUCGAGGAAGCCCAGCUCAAUCUACCUCCACAAGAAUGAGCCAAGAAUAAGUGAAGUCCCUGGGUUUAUAAGGCCAGACACUCCAGAGACGGUCAUCACAGAGUACCCCACCAAUCCUGAUCUGUCCUUGUAUUGCGAAAAAUGUCAACUACACAUCGCUUUACAUCAGCUAAAGGAGCAUCGUUUCCUUCACAAGGCUCUCCAGGCGCUCCGCUACAAGGGAACGAACAAGCCAGAGACACUGGACGCUUUGAUAAAACGGAGAAGAUUUGUUCUAAAACAGAUGAGGAAGGGCACGACGAGUGAGAAACCACUGGACUCAACUGAGGUACAGCGAUUAAAUGAAGCAUAUGAAUAUAUGAAAUCUCUCAUUGAAAACACAUACGAACAGAAUCGUAGAAUUUAUGAGCGCAUAAACACUGAUGUUGAAGGGGUGGGUCUAAAUUGUAGCCCAGCCUGUGUACUGGGGCUCGGGAUGUGCUCUAGCCAAAAUGAACGGUUUAAAUGUGAGAUGGAAGACACUCGUGUGUUCCAAGAUUACUUUGGAAAUGAUCGAAAUAAAAGCUUCUUUGGUGUUUACGAUGGACAUAAUGGGUAUUUUGCCGCAGAGGUUGCGUCAAAUGAACUGCACCAUAUUCUUCUGAAGGAGAUGUCGCGAUUCGAUCCAAUGACGAGUUGCACAUGUGCAGUGAACAUGAUCAGAAACAGUGUCAUGUCCGAUUAUGACAUGAAUCGUCCUUCGACACGUAACAGUGAGCGGGUCAAACUCCACGACGUGAGUGCCAACAUGAUUCACCAGAUACUUCACACUUGUGAAGAAAACAUGGACAAUCUCAAUGAAGUUGAAAUGAGUCUUGAACAAAUUGAAAAGUACCAGCGGAAACAUAAAACACCUGAAAAAGAUCCGUUCUCAGAAAAAAUGCAAAGCGCGUUUUAUAAAUCGUAUGCAGUUGUUGAUCAUUUGCUGACGUACGGAAUGGACGAACAUUCACGAGUUCGCUGGAGUGGAUGCUCCGGUCUGUCUGUCGUGAUACAGAACACGGCGAAGACAGAGUCGCUGGACGAUCAAGAAGAUGACCGUGGCACUAAUUAUGAUGACACAGACUCCGUAUCAAGCGGCCAUCCUGCUCCUAAGGAAAUGGGUGUCAUUCAUCUUGCUAAUGCGGGCAAUGUGCGAGUCGUCCUGGUGCGAGACAACAAGCCUUAUAGGAUGAGCAGGGAUCACACGCCGUACAGCCCCAAGGAAAAGGCUCGGGUCAUCAAAGCAGGAGGCUACAUCAGCGAAAGUGAAAAAGAUCUCAAGGUUAAUGGGAUUCUCUCAGCAACCCGAGGUCUUGGUAACCAUGGUGACCCAAAACUAAAGAAAUGCAUCCCGUGCGAGCCAUAUACAAGGAGCAUACCUAUUGACCAGUAUGCGCAGUUUCUGAUCUUAGCGACAAAAGGUGUUUGGGAGGUGUUUACAGAUGAAGAGGCAGCCAUCUUACUCUAUCAGUCAUUUAGAUCAUUAUGGAGAGAGAUGUUGCCUAACAACCGCCUCUCUCCGUCGCCAAGCAAGAUCAGCAACAGUCUCCAGGCAUUGCUGGCUGAAUACAACUCUCAGUUGAGCCAAACUUUACGUCCAGAAAGUGGGACAUCCCAGGGAUUGGCCAGUGCUGCAUCCUAUUAUUCAGUCGGUCCACAUCAUUCAGCGCAACCUGGUGGUGAAGAUGGGAAGGAAAAUGUCAACAAUGAAAAUGACAGUGAGAUGAAACAGACAGCACCCACUGGUGGGAAUAUGAAACAUCGCCCUGACACGGGGAAAAGUGUCGCGUCACAUGUGAGCUUUGCGAAGGAGGACCGUGUGAUGAGUCCUAAUGCUGACCUUAAAACGGAGGUUGGGAGCCAGGUGUUGGACAUCUACGAUGAGGGUGGAGAUUCUGGGAACGAGGGGGACAUUGAGACCAGCACUGACUAUCUCUCAUUUGGGGGCAUGCUCUCCAGAGCAUCAGAAUAUCCUCUCACAAGAGAGGUCAUUCAGAGAGAGUUUGCAAAAGCCAUGUCGGAGAAGCUGGUGCAGGCUGCGCUGUUGGCCGGAGCCAAGGACAACAUUACGGUCAUGGUGAUCUUGUUGCCUGGCUGUGGCUUAUGAGUGCUUAUCUCUGGACUUCAUAUUCCUUAUCACACACAUGCGCUGUUGGCCGCAGCGUAGGAUAGCAUCACGAUGGUGGCAAUACUAUUGCCUGCCUGUGGCAUAUUAAUGAAGGUCUUCAGAUUGGACUAAACCCCUGAAAUCACUCCCUCAUUAUGUUAUCCAUGUUAGGCUGUAAUGUUUAGGGAGUCUAAUCUAUUCUCACAUGCGCUUGCCGAGGUAUUUAUAUGACCAUCAGUCAAGGUAAGCAAGUAUCUAUUGCUAAAGUUGUUAUGAUUGCCUACAUAUUUGUAUCCAUGGUAGAUUGUGAUCACUAUGAAUCAGGUUUUUGAAUCUGAUGUCAAUUCUAACCAAUUUGUUUACUUCAUCUAGAUGUAUUAACCAUGUCUUUCUAAAUUAACUGUGAUAUUAAAGAGUAUGGUGGGUGGAUAAUGUGGACUAUGUCAGACCACAGAUGGUGAUUGGUGAGCUGAUCCAAUGUGGAAGUGAGCGGUUUGUUUAACCCUUGAUUGGUGAAGAUUAAUCUCCCAAAUGAUCAUCCACUCCUUGUAAUAUACUCUGUUUUUUAACAGCUGUGCACCAGUAUUCGUUGCAAUAAACUGGAUUA